GCCGAGGGGCUUCCUGCGGUGCGUCUGCGGCCGCGGUGCUGCUGCCAGCGCUGCUCCCGGCCCGGCCCAGCCCGGCCCGGCUCGCCGCCGGGAUGAUCAACGCCAUCCUCGUGUUCAACAACCACGGGAAGCCGCGGCUCGUCCGCUUCUACCAGCACCUGGCAGAAGAGGUGCAGCAGCAGAUCAUCCGCGACACCUUCCACCUGGUGCUGAAGCGGGAUGACCACAUCUGCAAUUUCCUGGAGUGCGGCAGCCUGUUCGGCGGCUCGGACUACAAGCUGAUCUACCGUCACUACGCCACGCUGUACUUCGUGUUCUGCGUGGACUCCUCGGAGAGCGAGCUGGGCAUCCUGGACCUCAUCCAGGUGUUUGUGGAGACUCUGGACAAGUGCUUUGAGAAUGUCUGUGAGCUGGACCUCAUCUUCCACAUGGACAAGGUGCACCACAUCCUGCAGGAGAUGGUGAUCGGCGGGAUGGUGCUGGAGACCAACAUGAACGAGAUUGUGGCGCAGGUGGAGGCGCAGGGCAAGCUGGAGAAGGCGGAGGGAGGCCUCUCAGCUGCUCCUUCCCGCGCGGUGUCAGCCGUGAAGAACAUCAACCUGCCCGAGAUCCCCCGCAACAUCAACAUCGGGGACAUCAACAUCAAAGUGCCCAACCUGUCCCAGUUCAUGUGAGCAGCCCGUGCCGGGGGCUGACGGCUCAGCAGAGCUGGGCUCCUCCCGGGGCUCUGCCCGUGUGGCACAGCGGUGGCCGAGGGCAGGGAGCAGUGCCAGGGCUCACAGGACAGGCUGGGGGCCUCCCUCCCGCUGCACCUGGGCUCUGUUCUGCUCUCUGCUCCCCCCAAGAAGGAGGGUGCCCUGCCUUCCCCUCCCUCCAUCCAUGCAGCUUCUCCUCGCUGUGGGAAAGAGUUGACUCCUGCCUCUCCUGGGAUUCUUGGGAUUCCAGUGGUGAAAGUGUGCCUGUAGUGCCGGCUCUGCCAGGUUGUCUCCGUCCUCCCAGCCGUGGCUGUCCCCUGCCCUGGCUCUGCUCUCUGUGGUGGGCCCCAGCUGGGUGGGGGUCACUCAUGGGAGCUGCUGUGUGCCCUGGGGGCAGUGUGAGGGGGACACGCUGGAGCAAGAGGGACGGGAGCCGAGUGAUGAGGGGACGGGCAGGUGGUAGCUCACCGGGCCAGGCCAGGCUGGGGCUGCUGGAGUGUGUCCCUGUGUCCCAAUAAACUGCCCUUGAACCCGAA